AUGUAUACCAGAGUCACGUCUUGUAACCGGUGGCAUCAGGAGCAGGCAACCAUCACUGAACGUGGCAGUUCCUCCUGUAAUGGGGAAGAAAUGGCUUGCUACCCUCCCCCACCAUCCUAUCUCAUCAGACCCUCUCCCAUCAGACCCUCCCCCAACCUCCUAUCUUCUCAGACCCUCCCCCCAUCUUCUCAGACCCUCCCCCAACCUCCUAGCUCCUCAGACCCUCCCCAUAUAUCCUCAGACCCUCCCCCCAUCUUCUCAGACCCUCCCCCAACCUCCUAUCUCCUCAUCCCCUCCUCCCGUAUCUCCUCAGCCCCUCCCCAUAUAUCCUCAGACCCUCCCCAUCCUCCUAUCCCCUCAGACCCUCGUCCCCUAUCUCUUCAGACCAUCACCUCCCCUCCUAUCUCCUCAGACCCUUCCCCUCCUAUCUCCUCAUACCCUCCUCCCCUAUCUCCUCAGACCCUCCCCCACCAUCCUAUCUCAUCAGACCCUCUCCCAUCAGACCCUCCCCUACCCUCCUAUCUUGUCAGACCCUCCCCCUCCCCUGACUCUCUUAUCUCCUGA